UCCUCCUUUCCCUCUCUCUAGUCAAAAUCGAUAAAAACAAUACACCACCGCCUCCCGCACCUACUAAACACCAACCGACCCGAUGACGUCACGUAAACGAGGGAAUGCCAAUCUGCUAGUGCUCACCGGAACCGCUGCUUUCUUAGCCUUCGCCGUUAAAUUCGCCAUCGAUUCUUUUAACUCCAAGCGAAACUCUCUCAAUAAAAAAGGACUCCGAGGAUCGAAUGUUAGGAUUAAUCUCACUGCUCCGGAAAUACUUAAGCUAGUUGAUCGUAUAAUUGCUAAUUCGAAGGCGAUUCAUGACGCAGUAGCGUCCGUUCCGCUCGAUAAGGUCACAUAUACGAAUGUUAUCUUGCCUCUUGAGGAAUUGGAAACAAACCAAUUCCCAUUGGUGCAGUCUUGUGUUUUCCCGAAAUUUGUAUCUACUUCUGACGAAGUGCGAAAAGCAAGUGCAGAAGCUGAAAGGAGAAUAGAUGCUCAUGUCUCGGCUUGCAGCCGACGUGAAGAUGUGUAUCGUGUCGUUAAAGCCUUUGCAGCAAAAGGGGAAUGGAUGAACAUGGAAUUAAAACGCUAUACACUGUUCCUGGUUAGAGAUUUUGAACGCAAUGGAAUGAAUCUUACAUUGACAAAAAGAGAGGAACUACAGCGGUUAAGGGCUCAAAUUGAUGAACUAAGUUUGCAAUAUAUCAGAAAUUUGAAUGAUGACAACUCGUUUCUUCUCUUUAAUCACUCAGAGUUGCUUGGCUUGCCGCUAGAGUUCCUUAAGAGCUUAAACAAGUCUGACGAUGAUAAAUAUAAGAUUAGCCUGAGGAGCCAUCAUGUCUCAGCUGUGCUGGACUUUUGUAAGGUGGGAGAGACCAGAAGGGUUGUUGCCGUGGCAUAUGGUAGAAGAUGUGAAGCCAAUCUUCCCAUAUUAGAGAAAUUGGUUCAAUUGCGCCAUAAAUCUUCUAGACUACUUGGCUAUACCAACUAUUCAGACUUUGUUUCUGAUCGUAGAAUGGCAAUGUCCUCCUCAAAGGUAUUUGAGUUUCUAGAGGAAAUAUCUGCCAGCUUGAAUGAUUUGGCCUCUCGAGAACUUAACCUACUAAAAGACGUAAAGAAGAAAGAGGAAGGGGAAUUGCCCUUUGGAAUUGAAGAUCUACCGUAUUAUGUGAAAAAAGUUGAGGAAGAGCAGUUUCAUCUUGACUUUGAAGUUGUAAAACAGUACUUUCCUGUUAGUUUAGUUCAGUCAGGGAUUUUCAAAGUAUGCCAAGAUCUUUUUGGCUUAAGAUUUGAAAAAGUUGCUGAUGCGGAGGUCUGGCACAGUGAUGUUGAGCUUUUUUCAGUCUUUGACUUGAACUCCACUGAUUUACUUGGUUACUUCUACCUGGAUAUGUAUACCAGGGAAGGGAAGUACGGUCAAACUUGUGUAGUCCCUCUCCAGACUGGUUCAUUGAUUAAUGCAUCUAGACAGAUUCCCGUGGCUUUGCUGGUAGCCCAACUAAAAAAGGAUGUUGGUGAUGAACCUGGGUUAUUACGAUUCUCUGAAGUGCUUAAACUUUUUCAUGAGUUUGGCCAUGUGAUCCAUUAUAUGUGCAAUCGUGCAUCAUUUGCGAAAUUUAGUGGAUUGCGUCUUGAUCCUGACUUUGUGGAGAUACCUGCUCAGGUGUUAGAGAAUUGGUGCUUUGAAGUAGCUUCCCUGAAGCUUAUAUCUGGUUUUCACCAGGACAUCACAAAGCCUUUAAGCGAUGAUGUGUGCAAAUCAAUUAAGAGAUGGCGGUGUUCCUUUGCAGCUCUUAAAUUGAAGCAAGAAGUUUUAUACUGUCUUUUUGAUCAGAUUAUUCAUUCCACAGAAAAUGUUGAUAUUGUCGGUUUAUUUAAGCAUCUGCAUCCAAAGGUAAUGUUAGGUUUACCGAUGUUGGAAGGAACCAAUCCAGCCUCUUCUUUCCCAAGUAGCGUUAUUGGUUGUGAAGCUGCUUGCUAUAGUCAUAUAUGGAGCCAGGUCUUUGCGGCUGAUGUAUAUGCAUCAAAGUUUCGUGAUAAUAUUUUUAACCAGCAUACAGGCAUGCAAUUCAGGAGUAAGGUAUUGGCACCUGGAGGAUCAAAGGAACCUAUUGAACUUCUAUCAGAUUUUCUUGGAAGGGAACCCUCCAUCCUAGCUUUUGUUAACAGCAAAACCGAAACAUCUAAUGAUGCAACUUUUAGAUGACGACGCAACAUCUUUGUCACUUGCAGGAUCAAUCUUGUGUUGAUCUCUACUAAUUUUGGUUUCUGAUAUAGAAUGUUUGGGAAAAAUAGGCCCAUGUAUUUGUAAACCUGAUCUUUUGUUCGACAAUUUUAAAUUGCAAUUUGGCUUAGAGGCCUAUAUAUCUAAUACUAGUAUAUUUUGACUUGUAUGAUAAUCAUAAUUUUAAUGA